UCUCAGCAGUCAGUAAGUACUAUCAAAAGCUUUUAAUCCUGUGUGGAUGCUAUUUAUAUUGUAGCAAAACAAUGAAGAAAACCAAGAGAUUAUGGAAUUAUGAACAGAGAAUUCUGCAAUACUUUAUUAUGAUGAUUGUUUGGGAAGCAGUUCCUGGACAGAUCCAUUAUUCCAUUCCUGAAGAGAUGCCAAAAGGUACUUUUGUGGGAAACAUUGCAAAGGAUCUGGGAAUGGAUGGGAAACAGCUUUUAGAUCAUGGACUUCGUGUCGUCAUUAAUGCAGGUACAAUUCAAUAUUUUAUUCUGAAUGUCAACCGUGGACAUUUAGAAAUUUCCCAAUUAAUAGACAGAGAGAAAAUAUGUAAAGAGACAGAAAAAUGCUUAAUAAAAUUCCAGAUACUUAUUGAAAGUAAACUAAAGCUUUAUGGAAUUGAAGUAGAAAUCACAGAUGUAAAUGACAAUGCUCCUCAAUUUCUCUCAAAGGAAUGGACAAUGAAAAUCAGUGAGAUGUCAGCAAUAAAAGAACAAUUUCCUCUACCAAAAGCUCAAGAUCCAGACCUGGGGAUGAAUUCUGUGCAAAACUACCAACUCACAGGUAGUAAUUAUUUUUCCCUGGAGAUGCAAAGAGGUGAAACUGGCACCAGAUAUACUAAACUGGUGUUGGAAAAAUCAGUGGACAGGGAAGAGCAAUCAGUUUAUGAUUUGAUCCUUACAGCUUUUGAUGGUGGCGAUCCCAUUAGGUCUGGCACAAUACAGAUUCGUAUCAUUGUUCUAGAUGCAAAUGAUAAUGUACCAGUUUUCAGCCAACAAAUCUACGAAAUGAAUCUCAAAGAGAACAUGCCCAAAGGAUCCACAAUAGCUACAGUAAUAGCUGUUGAUAUGGAUGAAGGAAUCAAUGGAGAAGUAAAAUAUUCUUUUGAGGAAAUAAACAAGAACAAUAAAGAAAUGUUUCUGUUAAAUUCGACUUCAGGGGAAAUUAUCCUUGUGGGGAGCCUUGAUUUUGAAACAUCAUCAACAUAUGAAUUUGAAGUACAAGCCAUGGAUGGGGGUGGGCUGAGUGAUAGGUCAAAGGUUCUGAUUUUGGUUACAGACCUAAAUGAUAAUGCACCUGAGUUAGCCAUCACCUUUGUGAUCAACUUGGUGCCUGAGAACUCUCCAGCUGGAACUGUCAUUGCCAUUUUAAAUGCCCGAGACAGAGAUUCAGGAGACAACGGAGAGGUUAAAUGCUCAAUUCCAAGCAACCUCCCUUUUCAGCUCAAGAAAACAAUGGAGAGUUUCUACAGUUUAGAGACAGACAAAACCCUUGACAGGGAACAAUUGUCAACUUACUCUAUCACUGUUACAGCAGUGGAUGACGGGGCACCACCACUCUCUACAUCUGUGGUUAUUUCACUCCAGGUGUUAGACACAAAUGACAACCCGCCACAGUUUCUGGAAUCAAAAUAUACCUCCUACCUUCUAGAAAAUAAUCCAAAAGGUGCCUCAGCCCUUUCACUUAAAGCAAAUGAUCCAGACUGGGAAGAAAAUGCCAGAAUAACUUACUCCAUCAUUGAUAGCCAAAUGCGGGACUCACCCCUCUCCUCCUACCUCUCCAUUAAUUCUGAGACAGGGACCGUCUAUGCCCUAAGUUCCUUGGACUAUGAGGAGAUUCAAGAGAUUCAGUUCCAGGUCAAGGCUCAGGAUGGUGGAUCCCCAUCGCUCAGUUCUAAUGUCUCAGUGACUCUCUUCAUCUUGGACCAGAAUGACAAUAUGCCAGAGAUCCUGUACCCCUCUCCUCCAGCUGAUGGCUCCACUGGAAUUGAGCUGGCCCCUCGCUCUUCUGAGCCGGGUUACUUGGUCACUAAAGUGGUGGCAGUGGAUGCAGAUUCUGGACAGAAUUCCUGGCUCUCCUAUCAGCUGAUCAAAGCAACAGAACCAGGGCUCUUCACUGUGGGACUCCACACUGGCGAAAUCAGGACUGCUCGGCUUUUUCUGGAGAAAGAUGCCCUGAAGCAAAUCCUAGUGGUUUUAGUGAAGGACAACGGCCAACCACCUCUCUCUGCCUCAGUCACUCUCACGGUUGUUCUGGCUGACAGCAUCCCUGAAAUACUCUCAGAUCUGAGCAACAUCUCAGCUCCUGUAGAUCCUCAGUCCGACCUCACAUUUUAUCUAGUGAUUGGUGUGGCGUUUGUCUCCUGCUUGUUUUUUACCUUCCUCCUUGUCUUAUUGGCCGUCCGGUUGUACAGGUGGAAGAAUUUGAAAUUGUUAGAGUCAGAAAGUGUACAUUUCAGUGGUGUCCCAGUGUCACAAUUUGUUGGGGUGGAUGGAGUCCGAGCCUUUCUUCAGUCUUACUGCCACACUAUUUCACUCACCAGAGAUUCUAGAAAAAGCCACUGCAAUUUUCAUGAGGAAAACUGUUCAAAUACUCUGACUAAUCAACCUCUAACCUGUGGGGUGAGUGACCCUAUCCUAGCCUGUGAGGAUUUAAAUUUGAAGAAUGAUGAGCAAAUCUUAGCCAAGGUGAGUUUAAUAUUUCAGAGUAAUGGUGUGUUUUGUUGAUCCUAUAAGCCCUUAUUUAUCUCAACAGUGAUUUCCCAUCAGUCUGUUCUGUUUAUUGAAUGUUAAUACUAGAUGUUUUCACAUUUUGUUUUUAUUCUACUGGGAUCCUUCAGCUUUGUCCUGGAGUG